UGUCCACUGACAGCAUCCUUGUCUUUCAUUGUCCAUUUCAAACGCGUCCUUAUUUGAAAAGCGUUACCAUUGGUUGGCGAGCGUGUCAAUCAGCUACAGUGAGCCCGCCCACUUGCUCAAAUAUCAAACGGUGAAUGGUCAACAGUCGGUCUGCAACUGUCUACUCGUAACCACAGCGACUUCAUCUGGACCUGGAUGCGUGCUGGAGGAACCUGCUCACAAAUCUAAAAUACCUAGAGCGCGGGAAUAAGAUGACCACGUCUUGGGUUGACAUGUUUCAGCUGGGCGACCGAAGAGUUUGGUCGAUGUGACAUUGCUUGAGUUGUUUUUGUUCUGGUCCCGGACGCAGACCGGCGGUCGCGCGCUGAGAAGAUGUUGAGUCGGCUGAUGAGUGCCAGCGUCAGAAACCUGGAGAGAGAGUACUUGUGUACCGUCAGACUGCUGGAUGAUACCGAGUACACCUGCACCAUUCAGAGGGAUGCCAAAGGCCAGUAUCUGUUUGACCUUAUUUGCCACCAUCUAAACCUGCUGGAGAAGGACUAUUUUGGCAUCAGAUACGUGGAUCCAGAUAAACAACGGCACUGGCUGGAGUUUACCAAAUCAAUUGCUAAGCAAAUGAAAUCACAACCUCCAUUCACAAUGUGUCUACGGGUGAAGUUUUAUCCACCAGACCCUGCUGCUCUUAGGGAGGAGAUCACCAGGUAUCUUGUCUUCCUGCAGAUCAAGAGAGAUCUGUACCACGGUCGUCUCCUCUGUAAAACAUCUGAUGCAGCCAUGUUGGCGGCGUACAUCUUACAAGCUGAGAUUGGAGACUAUGACCCAGGGAAGCAUCCGGAAGGUUACAGCUCCAAGUUCCAGUUCUUCCCAAAGCACUCUGAGAAGCUGGAGAGAAGGAUUGCUGAGAUUCACAAAACUGAGUUAAUAGGUCAAACUCCAGAAACAGCUGAACUGAAGUUUCUGCAAAAAGCACAAAUGCUUGAAACAUAUGGUGUGGAUCCUCAUCCGUGCAAGGAUGUGUCUGGGAAUCCGGCUUUUCUUGCCUUUACUCCGUUCGGUUUUGUCGUGCUUCAGGGGAACAAGAGAGUCCAUUUUCUUAAAUGGAAUGAGGUGACCAAACUGAAGUUUGAAGGAAAGACAUUUCAUGUAUAUGCAAAUCAGAAGGAGGACAAAAAGAUUAUUUUGACAUACUUCGCACCGACCCCAGAGGCCUGCAAGCACCUUUGGAAAUGCGGUGUGGAAAAUCAAGCCUUUUACAAGCUUGAAAAGUCAAGCCAGGUCCGUACGGUAUCCAGCAGCAACCUGUUCUUCAAGGGGAGUCGUUUCCGCUACAGCGGAAGAGUUGCCAAAGAGGUAAUGGAGCAGAGUGCAAAAAUCAAACGGGAACCUCCAGAAAUACACAGGGCCGGCAUGGUGCCCAGCAGAAGCUGUCCAUCCAUCACUCACGGGCCGCGGUUGAGCAGUGUACCCCGCACUCGCCGGAGAGCCGUGCACAUAUCCAUCAUGGAAGGUUUGGAAUCGCUGCGGGACAGUGCCCACUCCACUCCCGUGCGCUCUGUGUCUCACGGCGACUCCUUCUUGCCACGUUCUCGUAGCCAGAUGACGGACCCCAGCGAUAGGACCGCAAUCAUCUCAGAUGACACCUACAGUCCGUCCCACAGCGUCCUGCCCACACCGGUGGCGGAGCACAGCCUGGAGCUGUCCGGCUCGCGCCAGAUCAACGGCGCCCCUUGCAGCAUAGAGGAGGAGAAAGAGUCUGAAGCGGGAACGCCCAGUGUGGGCGACGUGGCCGAGUUUGGCGCGGACAGUAGGGCGACAGGCCCGACGCAGAGCACAGGUGGGGAGGCCGUGCUCAGCGAGGCGGAACAGGUGAAUAAGUUUGUUUUAAGUGUACUCCGUCUGCUCCUUGUGACCAUUGGACUCCUCUUUGUCUUGCUCCUCCUCCUCAUCAUCCUCACAGAGUCUGACCUUGAUAUUGCAUUUUUACGUGAUAUCCGUCAGACGCCGGAGUUCGAGCAGUUCCAUUAUGAAUACUUUUGUCCCCUCAGACGGUGGUUUGCCUGCAAGCUCCGCUGGGUGGGUGGGCUGCUCGUUAACAAGUGAGGCACUUAUGCUCGUAAAGCCGCCCUUGUUGGGGUGUAGACGACGCUAAACACGCGGAGAGACGGAGGGCAUCAACCUGUCGCAUGAAUCCAGCUUUAUUCAUGAUACUACUGCGGGUGUGGAUCACCAGGCCAAACAUCUCCUGUUCUUCUCCACUUUAGGUUUAUUCUGCCAUGCCCUCCUCCUUUUUACUCCUUUGUCCGUUUUUUACAAAGACAGAAAUUUUUGUUUUCUCAUUUUUUUUUUGAAUUUCAGGUCAUUUAAGGUAUUUUAUUUUUACAAAAAAAUUAAAAACAAAACAUUAAAUUUAAUUGAACUGACUGAAUUAUAUGGUCCCUUAAAUAGGGAAUUCUUGCAUUUUAUUUAUUAAAAAAAAAAUACAUAAAGAUUAAUAACAUUUAAAAGAAUGUGGUGCAUUAAGUUUGGGGUGUUGGCACAGUAUGGUAGGGUUGGAAAUGUGGUAAUCCAAAUGGUUUUCUGAGAGAUUAUGCAUAAUUCAUAUCUAUCAGUCAUUUAACUCAUAGAGAUUUUCUAAAGGCUGCUAUAAUUUACCACAAUGAUGAUCAGAUGCAGAUGGUUAUACGUCAUGUAAGAUUUGCGAGGAUUGAGGAAAGGCUGGAAAAAAUGUCAAAUAAAAUUUCUGAUUUCUGUAUUGGUGACUCGAUUUUUAGGGCGUCACACAUUUUAGGAUUAUAAUUGUGUUUAGGCGGUAGAAUUGUGAAGUAGAAAUUGUUUAAAAAGUUUCUUCUAUUGGGUACCAAACGAUUGGUAUAAAGUGUUUUGUUAUGUGACCCACUAUUGUCAGUAUCUGUUAAAGCAUCUAGCACCCAUAGAUCCAGUCUAGCUAGAUGUGCAAUACUGUAAGGUUUGAUAUUUUAAAGAAUGCUGUAAGUACAUCAGUUUCUUAUUUUCCCUCAUAGAGGAUGUGCAUUUGCUUUAUUUUUGUCAUCCUGAGUCUUUCUAAAAAGAAAGAUGCCUCAUUGUAUAAAAGAAAUAUUUUUUUUAUUCCACAUCAGCCUUGUUUUUAAGUUCGUACUUUGUGGAUAUCAUGCUACAGUAUGAUUAUUCUAUAAUAACAAUAACAAUGCUGUACUUUUUGUACAAAAGUAGUUAGUUUCCUAAUAUAUCGACAGUUUUUCCAUGUAUAUUUUAACAGAAUUGAAAUGUUAUUUUGUUAUUGAAAAUUAAAUUAUACCUUUUUUAGCUCUGUGUUUCAGAUGAGGUCUAGAAUGUAUGGUGUUUCUGAUAAGAGAGAGACACACAAGAAAGAUUUCUUAUCCAGAUCCAAUAACCAUUUCCAGUUGUCAAUGUAACCAGCAACAAGAUAAACCAUACUGACUUAAAAUGUUCCUGUUCUUUGUAUAUUGGAAAAGGCCCUGCAUACAAUAUACAUACAACAUUAAUUUAUUCAUGCACAGUUCAACUAAAAGACUGUUUGUGUGUGUAUGGUCAUAUUUUUACAAUUGAUGUUUAUGGCAAUAUGUAAUAAAGGCUAAAAUAAGUCUUUAGCACACUAUAGGGCGGUUUCCCAGACAGGGCUUAAGUUAGUCCCAAAUUUAAGUUGUCUUAACUGAAAACAGCUGGCACUGACAUAAGUUUAAAUACAUGAUUACUAGGGAUGCACCGUUAGGAUUUUUUUGGGCCGAUACCGAUUUAAACAGACAACUUCUGGCCGAUACCGAUAUUAAACACUUGUAUACAAUAUUACACAGUUGGUCUAUUAGCUAGUUUUUUCUGCCUCAAAUUAUUUUUACCUGAACACGGAUUGGAUCUAAUUAACAUUCAACUGACCAACAUAAUAAGAGAGGCACAAAUUAAGCUAAAACAAAUAUAAUAAGACAACAUGGCAACCUUCAAAGGUGGUUUUUGCUAUUCAGCAUUUAUUUUAUUAACGACAUUAACUAAUUUUUUACAUAUAAUGGAUUUUUUUAUGCAGUUAAUUAAUAAACAAUCAGUAUCGGCCUUUCUCGUGCUAUUGCCGAUAUGCCGAUGGUUUCAAAUUCAUUAAAAAUCGGCCGAUAAAUAUCGGUGGCCGAUACAUCGGUGCAUCACUAAUGAUUACCAUUGUUUUGUCUUAAGAUGCACACCAGUGCUACUUUUUGUAAGGUAUGUUUAAAAAAACAACCUUAAUGGGCAAAAAUAACUAUGGCCUAGUCCUGGGGCAUCAUUUAUAAAUUACUGCGUAGAAACCAUCCUACAUUUGAUCUUAUGAUCAUUUAUCAAAAAUGCGUACGUGUGAUUUAUAAACCGAACUUACGAACAGAAAACGAGCGUACCGCUUUCUUUCAGGUGUGAAAUUAAUAAAUCACAAAUGAUCUUGAACUUGUGUGCAGCCGAGCAGUUUCAGACCUCCGCCUAAUUAAUGUCGUAGACACAUAAAAGAGCGCUUAUCAAUGUUCAAACCCCAUUUCGAGCAGCAAGAAUGGCUCAUAUUGGCAAAAACCUGCAGCAAAUGGACAAGCAAAAGUGCGUACGUCUGCUCAGACCCUGAAGUGGCGCUAAGCACUUUUCCACGACAAAGACCGUUUUAAUAAAAAAUAUGGACUUUGUCGUGGAUUUUUGCGUACGCACACUUUACGAUCAAAUCUGUGCGUAUGCACGCUUUAUAAAUAAGGCUCCUGGAUUAAUCUAACCCUACCCCUAUGUCCUAAUGAAUUUAAGUAAUAAGUCUUUUUAUUUGAAGACAGACAUGUUUUUUUCCAUUGGCAUGUCAGGUACACAGGGAACUUAUUUUUUCUUUAAUACGAAUCCCGAAUGCAUUUUUGUGUAUGGAAAUGACGAAGAGAAGGCAAAAUUCAUAGUCUUAAUUUAGUGUGCAUCCAUAAAUAAGAGCAGGACAAAUAACACUGCAGAUUUUGAAAAGAAUAAUGUUUUUGAUCUUACAUUGGUACUCGCACAAAAUAAAUUACAAUAACCGCUUUUGACUGGUUGUGGCAUCUCUCACAACUUCGCUUUACUGGGUUAUUUUAGUGUCUAUGGAGCUAUAGUGCCUGAAAGAUUAACCAGAUUAAGAGAUGUGAUUUAAAAAAAGGUUGUGUUUAGCCCCUAAUAACACUAUUAACCGUCCAGGAAGACUAAUGUGUUUGAUUAGCAGAAGUUUGCAGAUGGUCAUGCUCAUUUAUAACUAUUUCAUACCAUAUAACUACUGUCUUCCACCAACUAGAGGAGCCGAGGGGAAACUUGUUUCAGUUACAACAGAAAGGGAUGCAUGAAACACUAGCAGAUUGUGAGAAAUCUCUAAAACAUGAAAAACCUGAGUCAGGUUUAGUUCAAAAGAAAUAUGAAAGAGCCAUUUGAGUUUUGCAUGUCUCUCACCAUGAGAAAUAUCCAUGCAUGCUUAACAUGUCUGAUGUGCCAAAUUAUUAAAGCAUUUGGAUGACACAAGUUCAUUAUAGCGUUGUUAAAACAGCGUUGCUCUGAUGGCCGUUGCAUGGCAUUCAGGAUAGUCAUCAUUGAUUCAAAGAAUCAAUAGGAAUGAAAACUUGCUUUUAUAAUGCCAGUAAAGGUUUGCAUAUGUAAAAUGGGAUUAGAUUUUACUCAUUGACAGCAUUAUGUAGCCUCAGUGGUCAGUCCUGCAUGGCAGCACCAUUCUUAAAGCAAUAACCUGUUAAAUGAUUUAAUCAUGUGAAUGAAUGUUUUUAUUUAUUUAUUUAUUCUUCAUGGUUUUCGUGCUGUUGUGCAAGAAGUCAAAUGACUUAAUGUUUGCUACAUUUCAUGUUGUUCGAUUCCUUGCACACAGUAUCCAAGUGAGGAUCUGCAGGCAAGUACAGGCUUUUACAUCAAGGGUGAUCACUGCUACAUCUGUCCUUGUGUUUCACUUUCUACUCUUGACAGUUUACUUGUACUAAACGCAAUGGUUUGGUUUGACUAAGGUAAAUGCACCGGCCCUUUAAAGGACAAUUGUCAGCUAUAAUGGGUUGUGCUAUUUAACAAGGUCUCUGUGACCUUUGUAUAAAACUAUUUAUGUUUCAUUAGUGCUAAAGAGACAUUUAGCGUAACAGGACCUGCAACACCUGCCACCUGUCAGUUGCCAAGCAGACUACCAGGAGUAAUAAACUGCAUAUAAUGGCUUAAAACAGUAAAACCACCAUCAGGUGAUCCAGCUUAAAUAUGGACCUAUUAAAGAUGAUGGUUUUAAUGUUUAAUAUUUGGUUAACAGCUGUUAGAUGAUGUAUCAUAUCAAACUGAAUUGCCUACAGAUGGUAGACACAGGUUGAAAUGCAGGCUGUGACAGCAACUCUGCGUCCCCAAAUAUUUUCUUAUGAUAUUUCUACACCUAGGAACUUAUCAUUGGAAUAAAUUGCUUUUCAUUAUUUGGUGGUUUAUCUUAUAAUGCGCCUUUAUUCGCUAUGGCACUAAGACUGAGAGUCAAUACAGAUCAGUGGUGGCAUCAUGCUUUAUUUACUGUACUGUGCUGCUUGCUAGCUCUCACAGUUCCUUUAACAGCUAUGCAUAUCUGUUUAUGUAUAGAUAUGUCCGUUCGCGUGUUUUCCCUGUUAUCUCGAUCUUUUCUGUUUUAUAUAUUAAUCCUUAAUAUAUAAAUAUUAAGUUAUAUCCAGUUCAUGUGCCAAAUGCAGUUCUUGUUAAGUCAGAUUCAUUCCAAAAAUUUGUACUGUAGAAAACCUUCCAUGCAAAGUGGUUUAAGAAAUUGUUUCACUGAUAGUCCCUUGUAACCGGUGCCAUGGAAAAAUUCAAACUUGAAAUAAACUUUCGAAAAAG